UGUGUGUGUGUGUGUGUGUGUGUGUGUGUGUGUGUGUGUGUGUGUGUGUGUGUGUGUGUGUGUGUGUGUGUGUGUGUGUGUGUUUGCUUGCUUGCGCGCGCACGUGUAACCGCGGUAUGAAAAUGGCGAAUUAAGGGAAACUACCUCUUCUUAUAGGGAAGAUCAUGGGAAACGCCAGCAGUGAGAGAAGUGCACAGGGGGAGAAAAGCCAGAGGAGUCGCAGCGGGAAAGAUGCAAAAAUCCUCCUGACUGAUGAUACAGACCUGUUCCAGGAUGAUGCAAAGGAGUUCUUGGCAUGGCAGAAGGAUGUUCAGUCAGACAAUAAGUAUGAGCACCCCACGGUGUUUGAGUGGUCCGGUCCAGCAAAAGAUGUUUAUCUCUCCGGCUCCUUUAAUAACUGGGCCACAAAAAUCCCUCUAUCUAAGAGUCAAAGUAAUUUCACAGGAAUCGUCAAUCUGCCUGAAGGAGAGCAUCAGUAUAAGUUUUAUGUAGAUGGACACUGGACUUUAGAUCCUAAGAAGCCCGUCAUCACCACUAAAGCCGGCGUCGUCAACAACGUGGUUCUGAUACGUAAGACGGACUUUGAGGUUUUUGACGCCCUGAGAAGCGACUCUGAGAUCUGCACUGACAUGUCAGACAUCUCCAGCUCUCCCCCUGGACCCUACCAUCAGGACCCCUACGCCAUUAAAGGGGAGGAGCGACUGCGCUCUCCUCCCAUCCUGCCUCCUCACCUGCUGCAGGUUCUGCUCAAUAAAGACACCGGAGUCUCGUGUGAUCCUGCUCUGCUUCCUGAACCCAACCACGUGAUGCUCAAUCACCUGUACGCUCUCUCCAUCAAGGAUGGCGUGAUGGUCCUCAGCGCUACGCAUCGCUACAGGAAGAAAUACGUCACUACGCUGCUAUACAAACCUAUCUGAGCUUCACCCACACACACACUCACACACACACACACAGUGAGGAGGAAAUCACCAAAGACACAAAGCUGCUGUAUUUACCAAACUCCCUUAUGUUAUAACUGAUGAAUGCUACAUUCCCGUACAGGAUUAGCCUGAUUAGCAUCUUAAAUCCUGUGUCAGUGUUUAGGUUUUAGAGUAAGAGAUUUUCCGGCCUUGAUUUAUUUACUUUACUGAAUUUUAAUGUUUUAUGAAAUAUUUUUGUAGUGUACGUUCGGUGCACGAGCGAAAGUUUAUACUGAACAAGUGAAACUUCCUGUUUAGUAAAUAAGUAAAUUGGUGAAUAAAGCUUUCCUAAAUGUC